CUAGACUAUAUUGUUGGUGUGCAAAGCACUAAGGUUCACAUUAGAAAAUCUGUACAAUUCAAUUGUUUGGGCAUUGACUGGACUUUUGUAAAAGGGCUGAUCGGAAUCUUAGUGGGAUAUGAUUUCUUGAUGCAGUCGUAGGGUGGGAACUAUGCACAUAGCGGCAUAAGUUGACACGUAGGGAAGAGUCAAUUUCUUUUUCUUUCUAACUUAGCAUCAAGUGCCAGGCAGCAAGCACACGCCAGACUAUUUUUCAUAAUUAGCUUGCUAGCUAUAGCUCUGAGGCACUCUAAAAGGCAAUGGCUACGAGGAACCUGGAGGUGAGUCAGGUGAUGAUGCCAUGUCAAUUGUCAUAGUUCUCGGCAUGCCCUGAGUGCAGAUGGGGUGGUUCCGACGGUUGAAGACUCUUGCUCGUGCUAUGAAGCAUGUGGCUGCGAGUAACCUUGACUCCCCUCAAGGUAAUCCCACGGUUGGUUCUGUUGCUAAUUUGUCUUCAUCUGCGAGGAACAACUAAUUUGCUCAGGCCAAUCAAUUCCAUAUUUAGUUGAUUUUUAAGUUGCAUCUGGUCUCCAAUUUUGAUGCAUAACAUGUUGACGAAAAAUCAGAUUAUUGCCAAAUUUGUAUAAAAAUGAAGUAAAAAAUUAUUUUCUUCUCGGCAAGAGUUUAUGCCAGUUGGACCAAAUGGUUUCUGAUCAUGUAUUAUUUUUUGUUUUUGCGGGGAUCUGAUCAUGCAUUCUUGAUGCAGGCGUAAGCAAGAGGCAAUCGAUAACCAUAUAUUGGUGCAUGCAUGUACAGGCAUCCCAAUAAUAUGUCCAACUGUGCACCCUGCAAGCACGCACCACACUAUUUCAGUGAAUGCUUGUACAGGCAUCCCAAUAAGAUGUCCAACUGUGCAAAGGUUUUGUGUGAACGUUGCUCACCUGUAUUGCGCCAAUGGAUCAAAUAUAAUUUUUCCUGUGUUCUAAAUGGUUCCUGCAUUUUCCUUUUGCUCCGAAUACAAUUCCUGGAUAGGUACUGAAUUCAGACACGGAUCGAAUGUAUGCUUGAUUUGGUCUAACCGUCUAAGUACAUCAUCCAAAUAGUUUACACACUGCAGGAUUUUUCGCAUGCAAUAUAUUGUAUUAUUCUCAAGUGUCAUGAAUAGAACUGAGUUGCAAAUAUUUAUGACUGGUCAGAUAUUCUAAAAAAUGAUUGCAGUGUUAAGUAUGAAUUUGGAUGAACAUAGUUGCAAGAACUAGAAUAUAUUCAAAUCCAUGUUUUCUUGUCGGAACUACUAUUUGGAUGCUGCAUUAUGUCGAUUUCGGACAUUUUCUAUUUAUUUUUGUACCAAUCUGUAGGUUACUCUGUCCUAGAUUAUUUACUUUCAAGAGCUUGUUCUAAAUUUGGUUUGGAAAUAUAUUUUCGCAGUGAUUUAGAAAAUACUUGGGAGUAUUUUGGAGUCAACUAACUUCCAUCCUUUAGGAACUGGUCUCGACAAUUCAGCAAAAAAGAGUUGGCAGACCUUGGACAAGAUGUCAGGCAAGAAUAAAGAAGAAAAACAAAACGAGACCAGUUUCGGCUACUCCCCUUUGUACAGGCACUAGACUGGCUACUAGUACUCCACUCCUGUAGCCCACUCCACUGCCCGCCUCAGUUCCAGGAGCAGAAUCCGAAGCACUGCAAGUGGUGGUGCUGUACUGGUAAAUGGUCAUGUAUCUCAUGGCGCCCCUCCGUUACUGCAGUGCCUUGCAUGCACCUUCAUUGUCUUCUUGCCCGAGGAGAGGCAGUGGAGCCUUAUCCACGGUAGUGACCAUGGCUUCCAAAGCCAGGAUUGGAACUCCCGAAAAUUCCUUCACCCCUCCUCGCCAGGCGCCUCAUCAAGCCCAAGUAAUGCACUCAUUGCCACCUGAAAAGAAAGAAAUCUUCGAUUCACUGGAGCGUUGGGCAGAAGACAACGUCCUGGUCUUCUUGAAGCCAGUUGAGAAAUCCUGGCAGCCACAGGACUACCUGCCGGACCCUUCCUCAGAGGGAUUCUACGAUGAAGUCAAGGAGCUGAGGGAGCGGGCUGAGGAUAUCCCAGAUGACUAUUUCGUUUGUUUGGUCGGAGACAUGGUCACUGAGGAAGCACUCCCUACUUACCAGACGAUGCUCAAUAUCCUGGACGGUGGUGUCGGUGAUGAGACUGGCACCUCCCUCACCAGCUGGGCUAUCUGGACACGGGCGUGGACUGCUGAGGAGAACCGGCACGGUGAUCUCAUGAACAAGUAUCUGUACCUCACUGGAAGGGUUGAUAUGAGACAGACUGAGAAGACCAUACAGUAUCUGAUUGGUGCAGGAAUGGACCCAAAAUCCGAGAGCAACCCAUAUCUGGGUUUCGUCUACACAUCGUUCCAAGAGAGGGCAACCUUUGUAUCUCACGGGAACACAGCACGGCAUGUCAAGAAGUACGGGGAUCUGAAGCUGGCCCAGAUAUGCGGCACCAUCGCGGCAGACGAGAAGCGGCACGAGACGGCCUACACAAAGAUCGUGGAGAAGCUCUUUGAGAUCGACCCGGACUACACGGUUCAGGCCUUCGCCACCAUGAUGAGGAAGAAGAUCACGAUGCCCGCCCACCUGAUGUACGAUGGGCAGGAGGACAACCUGUUUGAUCACUUCAGUGCGGUGGCACAGCGGGUUGGCGUCUACACCGCCAUGGACUACGCCGACAUCCUUGAGUUCCUGGUCCAGAGGUGGAACGUGGCUGAUCUCACUGGGCUGUCCGGGGAAGGGAGGCGCGCUCAGGAUUUCCUCUGCUCCCUGGGGCCAAGGUUCAGGAAGCUGGAGGAGCGAGCUCAGGGGAAGGUGAAGCAGUCGUCACCUGUUGUUCCUUUCAGCUGGAUCUUUGGCCGGGAAGUGCAGCUUUGAGCAAGAUUGCAAAACCUGCACGUCUAGACACUGCAUCAAAGCUUAUGCUAAAUAGCACAAUUAUACUAUAAUAUGAACAGAGCCUCAUUGUUGUUCUUUUUUGUUCGGUUGCAAGUCAUUUUGAAUGUUGAAUUCGGAAAUCCAUAACCGUCUGAGAUUUGAC